GAUCAAAACACUAGAGAUGUUACGAAAUUUAUGCACCUUUACCUUUUCCACAAACAUCGGAAAAUGCAUUUAUCAAACGCACUCUGUUCGGGGCAUGGCGGGCCAUUCAAAGUGGGCCAACAUAAAGCACACAAAGGCUCUGAAAGAUGGGGCUAGAGCAGCCCUAUUUGCAAAGAUCUCGAGGCAAAUCCGCAUGGCCAUUCAGGAGGGCAACUCCGCUGAUCCAGCCAUUAAUUCCCUCCUGCGCACGGAAAUAGAAAGAGCCCUGAAGCAAAAUAUGCCCAGCGGAACCAUACAAAACACGUUGAAUAAAUUUAAGUCAAGUAAAGUUCAACUUAAAAAGUACCGGCUUGACAUCAGGUACAAAAGAAGCGUAUACUUGAUAUGCAUUUUCUACACGGACAACUUUUCUGGGGUUAAAAUGGAUGCCACGCCAAUGAUUAAGAAAGCGGGAGGUGAAUUUAUGGAUGUUGGUAAUUUGUUUGAGGACUUUGGCCUGAUAGAAGCUCGGUAUGAUGCAUCUAAACUCCUCAGCGGGUCCAAUUUGGAAGAUAAAGCCACUAAUGAUGCUAUAGAACUUGGUGCUGAAGAGAUCGAAAUAGUUGACAAUGCCGAAGGAUCGGUAAAUUUCCUAUGCAGUCCUGUUGUUUUAACUAGUUUAAGUAGAAAUUUGGAAAAAGCUGGCUACACCGUUGAGAGCAGUGAACAUAUAUUUUCUCCCAUGAAUGCUGUGAAAUUAUCCCCGGAAGACCAAAAGGCGUAUGACGUGUUUAUAGAAAAACUAAGAAACAUCCCAGGCUUAGAGGAUAUCUAUGACAAUGUUGAAUAAAAAUAACUUGUUGAAUAAAAAUCAGAAA